UUCACGGAUAUAGAAUAGGCGGCAACACAAAAAGGUGGGGGAAAUUAUUGGCGCCAUAAACCUGUCUUCUAAGAAGCAUUUUUUUUAUUUAACUCGAUCGCUUCUCUCAAUUAUUGCUGUGUUCGCGGAAAGAGUAAAAACGAGAAGGUCGAAGAUGGAGAAGGAUGGGAGAUGUAGCGAGAAAAAUCUAUACGAGGUUCUUGGUGUCGGAGAGACAGCAACUCAACAGGAGAUAAAGAAAGCGUACCAUAAGCUGGCUUUGAGGCUUCAUCCUGAUAAAAACAAGGACGAUGAGGAAGCUAAAGAGAAGUUUCAGCAGCUGCAGAAGGUGAUUUCAAUUCUCGGCGAUGAAGAGAAAAGAGCAGUCUAUGAUCAAACUGGCUCCGUUGAUGAUGCUGAUCUUUCGGGAGAUGUGGUUGACAACUUGAGGGACUUCUUCAAGGCUAUGUACAAGAAGGUCACCGAGGAAGAUAUUGAAGAGUUUGAGGCCAACUACAGGGGUUCUGAGUCUGAGAAGAAAGAUUUGAUUGAGCUCUACACCAAGUUUAAGGGUAAAAUGAGCAGGCUAUUCUGCUCAAUGCUUUGCUCAAACCCCAAGCUUGACUCACACCGUUUCAAAGAUAUUAUUGAUGAGGCCAUCACAGCGGGAGAAGUGAAGGCAACAAAAGCUUACAACAAGUGGGCAAAGGAAAUUUCAGAAAUAAAACCCCCCACGAGCCCUCGAAAGACUAGAAGAAAAGCAAAGAAGGGCGCAGAGACGGAUCUUUACGCUUUGAUUGCACAGCGAAGAGAUGCGAGGAAAGAGAAGUUCGACACCAUGUUCUCGUCACUUGUCUCCAGGUAUGGUGAAAAUGCUGACUCAGAGCCAAGCGAAGAAGAAUUUGAAGCUGCCAAGAGAAAACUUGAAAGCCAGAGAUCAUCAUCAUCAUCGAAGAAGAAGAAGCCUAGAAGAAAGUAAAGCUUUUGGAGGGAUGGGGAAGGUGUUUGCAAGCAAAGUAAGAAGACGUAGUGUGUGAUCUUAUAUGUUUUGUCUUUGUGAUGGACAAGAAUGUUCUCAGAAUCUUUAGAUCACACAUGUUUGUUCUCCUAAGGUUACAUUUCUGCUACAGUGUGAAUCUCCAUCGUAAUUAUAAUAUAAAAUUAUCACUUUUUGAUCAAUCAAGACAGCGUUUUGCCU